AUGCGGGCCACCAAGCGGUGUCGGUCGACGAGCUCUUCAGGCGCCGGGAGCAGCAACGCCAACGAUGGGAGGCUCACACACGACGGCGAAGCGACUGUUCUGCAGUGCGGUAGUCAUCUUUCGUCCUGCUGCUCCUCCGAUGGGAACUCCCCGCGGCGGCGACUAGAGCUAGAUGAGGAGGGAAGCCAGAGUGUGUUACUCGAUCCCAGCAAUGUUGCGGCCUGGGCGGCGGGUAAUGCUCACUACGACGCAUCCGAUCGUACCAUCGCGCUUCCACGCAAUGCGCUUUCGAGCCACAUGAUGGUGCUGCCGCGCACUCUUCUGAAGGAUGCCACGGCCCCUACCAUCAAUGCCAUUAAUGAUAAUAGCAACGACGGCAAUAUUAAUAGCGGCAGCACACCGCAGGCGGAGCGUACACGCACGGAGGGUGAACACGGACAGCCGUCACCCGACGCCGCUGCGGAUGAUGCGCAUUGGGUGACUAGCAGUUCACCCAGGCCUGCGGUAAAUGACUUACCUGCGCUGCGUGAUGCGCCACCGCCUCCAUGUGGAGUGUCACUUCGUCCGGGCUGCAACUUUGUGCGUCUGCCGCACCCGCGCCACGGUGAACCUGCACUUUUUCUCUGUCCACCCAACACAGAGAGUGCCUCGAGGGAUGUGCACAAUGGCACGGUGCGGGCGGUGCUUUAUGAGGUGCAGGCGCAGCUACCCCCUGGGGGGUUUGGCCAGACAUGGUUUGUGAACGACACUGUGGAGCCUAACGAGGAGCUUCUUGUUGUGACGCCGUUUGACGUCACCUUUUUCGUUCUCCGUCAGGCUGCUACUCACGUCAGGAAGGAGAUGUUUGUUUCAGCGGAGGACCUUAUUAUGGGCGCGACCAAGUCUCGCGGCGGUGGUGCAGCGGCAUGGCCUGGCUGGAGAGUUGCACUGGCGCAGUGCCCUGCGCUGACCCCUGCGGUGGAGGAGAUGCAGUCUCACACGGUGCUCUCACGUAUCUGCGAUGUGAAGUCGGUUGGGGGUGACCAUUACUACCGCUUCAGUGUAGAAAAAAUGGGAGAGUGGCUGCGGGAUAAGCUUCGACGCGUGGCAAACUCCGCCGCGUUGCACGCCAUCUUACAGCUGGGUCCUCCUCCUGCAACUAGGGCUGGUAGUGUGCCAAAAGGAGGUAGUCGUGGCGGUGACGACAAGGCGACAUCGGCACCUCUCGCCACGGCUGCUGAGGUUCCGCUUCCGGUUGUCUUUGGUGUUGUGGCAGAGUACCUUGUGGAGGAAGUAUCCAGCACAGCAGCACAGUUGUGCGGGGCGGCUAGUUGA